UUUUUCUAAUUUGGGUGAUGUUUUGUUUCAUACACGCCAUGCCUAAAAUUCAUCCUGGUUUUUCCUAACACAAUAACGAUUUCUUAAAUUAGGGCAUGGCGAAAUACGUGAUGUUUUGAUACUUACAUUCUGCAAUUACAUGGAAAUUACGAAAAAUCAUUGUGACCAUGCGGCAUCUGAAACUGAUAUCCAAUUCUGACAUGGCGCUGUGAGAUAUAUCUUGGUUGACGAAACAAAACUUCGCUCACAUCUAAUGAAUGACUGAAAAGGAAAAAACACAAGUUUGAGAGAAACUGUGUAGUGAUGUUGUAGAAGAAACAAAUACUUAAGUAUGAAUCAGUAUCCUGGGUUUGUCCCCAUGAUGAUGCCCCAGCACUUCAUGGUGGCGAUGCCAGGGAUGCCCCUCCAGGGGAUCCAGACCCCACAUCCAGGUAUCCCGCAGAUGAUACCCCCCGGUGUUGCUGUAGCCCAUGCAGGGGGCAUGGCGCCAGUGUCUACUACCAUGGCUCAGGGCAUCCCCCUUGCGGCCAGACAAGCACCACCAGGUCUCAAUGCUCUUGCUGCCUUACCAGACCAGAGACAGUUUGUCGAUGCCAGGGCUAACCAUUGUUUCCCUGGUCUGGCAGUCCCUGCGAUGCCUGUUGAGGACAUUGUAGAGGAGGAGCCACCUAUCCCCGCAGAAUCAAUCACAGUCUUGGAUGAAUUCAACUCGGACCUCAACCUUGUCAUAGACAGUGAAGGGUAUGGUGCUCACACACUGAACCAGCCCAGUGGCUUCUGCUUCACAUGGUCAGGGGUACGAGCCUCGCACGGUAUCUGCAAGGGGAAAGGUUUCUUUGAGGUCCACAUCACAGAGCACCUGCCAGUGGACUUUGGUGAUGACCACAAUGAAACUGACCCUCACAUCAUCCGAGUUGGCUGGUCAAUAGAUUCAUCGUCAUUCCAGUUAGGAGAAGAACCUUGGUCUUAUGGUUACGGUGGUACUGGCAAAUUUUCAACAAAUAAUAAAUUCUCCAAUUAUGGUGAAAAAUUUGAGGUUGGGGAUGUCAUCGGUGCCAUGUUGGACUUAGAUGACCGUCCAGCUAAAAUCUCCUACAUGAAGAAUGGCCGAUAUUUAGGGGUAGCUAUCCCACUUCACAGCUACCCUGUGGGUAACAAAGACAUGGCGCUGUUCCCGCACAUUCUGUCCAAAAACUGUAGAUUUCAAGUGAAUCUUGGUCAGAUCGACCCUUGGUUUCCGCCUCCUGCCAUGUAUCAAUACAUCGGUCAGACUACAGACAAAGUUAGGGGCAUGAAAGAGCCAGAGAAAAUCUCUGAUUGUGAGAUGAUAAUGAUUGUGGGACUGCCAGGUGCAGGAAAGACAACAUGGGGACUGAACAUGUACAAGAACCAUCCUGAGAAACGAUACAACAUUAUUGGUACAGACACCUUGAUAGAGAAGAUGAGGGUGAUGGGCCUGCCAAGGAAGCGGAACUACCACGGACGUUGGGAAGUUCUCAUCAACAAGGCAUCGCAAUGUCUCAACAAACUCUUCACCAUUGCUGGGAAGAGAAAGAGAAACUACAUCUUAGACCAGACAAACGUGUACCCAUCUGCCAGGAGGAAGAAGAUGAGAAACUUCAAUGGGUUCUACAGAAUUGCUGCUGUCCUGCAGCCAGAUGAUGCAGAACUGUUGCGAAGGUCGCACAAGAGGACCGUGGAAGAUGGUAAAAUAGUUCCCGAGGAAGCCGUUCUGGAGAUGAAAGCCAACUUCACCCUGCCGGAAGAUCGAGACAAUCUGUUUGACAGGAUUGACUUUGUGGAGUUGAACAAGGACCAGAUAGUGACACUUGUUCAGCAAUACAACAAGGAGGGCCAGGAGAAGCGGCCACCCAGAGAGGCUGUGUUCAGACAUGACAGCAGGAAUCAGCACAACUUCAGAUCAGGAGACAGCCACCCCCCUCGAAACCAUUCACCCCGGCAAGGUCAGGGCAGAUACCAAGACCAGCAGCACCAGGGGUACGACAGUGGGAGACAGGACAGAGGGUACCAGUCCCGGGGAGGGUACCAGCGAGGCUUUGAGUCAAACGAACCCCCCAGCAAGAGAACCAAGCAGGAGUCGGGCAGUGCCCUUGACUUCAUCAAGGAGUACGGAGGAGGAGAGGAGGAUCCCACGGCCCAAGCAGCGGCAGUGGCAGCGGCGGCGGCAGCGGCAGCUGCAGCUGCAGGGGUUGCAGCAGGAGCAUGGGCAGACAAACUUCCGGUGAAAGAGGAACUUAAGUGGAAUCCGGGACAGUACGGCUGGUCUCAGCAGCAGUAUGGGGACUCCAGAAGAACACCAGCAUUGCCUCAACAGGACUUCAACCAGAUGUUCCCACCUUCUGGGGAUCAGCAACGUCAGAACAGUGCUGGUACACCUGAAGGGAGAGGAGGAGGGGGGUCUCAGAGGUGGCCGCCGUUUGGCAGUGAUGUACAACAGAACUGGCAGAACAGAGAACAAGCUGACAGGAAACCAUGGCAACAGAGUAGUGAUGAUCAAUACAGUCAAGAAAGCAACAAUGCACAAGAUAGUGCAAGGGGUUCUGGAAACGGAAGAGGUUUUGGUAAUCAGCAAAAUGCACCAGGAGGUUUUGGUGGUCAGCAAAGUAGCCUUGGUAGUCAUCAGAGUGGUUAUGGAAGUCAGCAAGGUGGCUAUGGAGGUCAACAGGAGUCAAGGAACUACAGCAAUCAAGAAUCAAGACAGUUUGGACAAAACGAGUCCCGAAAGUUUGGUCACCAAGAGUCAAAGAACUUUGGCCAACAGAAUUCCAGGAACUUUAGUCAGCAGGGCCAGUCAGGAUUGGACAGGAACUACGGCCAGUCAGGACACUCUGGCAGCUAUGGUGGAUCCAGCUUUGGUAGGCAGCAAGAAGGUUCUUCAGAUAAUUUUGGUAGUCAACAGAGAAUGGGUGGGUUUGGCGGACCUCCUUCAUAUGGUGGCCCAGGCUCCGGAGACAGAGACAGAGACAGAGACAGAGAUAAUCGAUCAGAUCAUUCUCCAUACAAUAGAGGAAAUAGUGCUGAAUCUCGUAGGGAUUCAGGUCGAGAAAACUACAACCAGUUCACUGGCCCUCCACCUCCACCACCUCAGGAACCAGAGAGGGACAGAUUUGAGAGGGGUCAGGCUUUCCGACCUGACGAUUUCUCCUCUGACAAGGCAGCUACAGGACUGAAGCCAUAUGAUGCAGCUGGGAGUCGAAGUAAAGAUGGCUCCAAGACUGGAGCCAAUGGGGAAAGAGUCCGUCGGAGGAAGAGCAAGUGGGAUACACCGAGCACGGAUCCUCCCAGUAACCCAGACACACCCUCUCUUAUAGAAACGUCUGAUAUCCUUUCAGCCGAGGUGAAACUUGAGCCAGGUUGUGAUCUAAGUGAUCAGCAACAGUAUUCAGAAGAGAAAAUUGAGCAAAAUUUUAAUAAUCUCUCUAGUGCUAAUGACUCUCCAGAUAAAUUUGCACAAAUGGACUUUAAUAGACCACCUCCUAACAGUUCAUGGAGGAACAGCCAAAACGAACAAGACCAGGUUCAAAACCAAAGUUCCAAUUUUGAGAGAGGUAGACCCAAUAUGAGAGGAGAUAACAUAUCCUCUAGUAAUCAAUAUCGAUCUGACAAUCACUAUGGUGGUGAAGCUCAAAGUCGAGGCUAUCCUUCAAAUCAGCAUGGUGGGCCAGGUUCCCAUGGUAACCCAGGUGUGCGUCCUCCCUUUGAGCCUCGUCACCAACAAGGAGGAUCCCGAGGAGGAAAUCGAGGCCCUCCGCUUAACUUUGGCCAAGGUGGUCCACGAUCAUUUAGGCCUAGAAAUCCACAAGAUUUUGGUGGUCCUCCAGGAGGAUGGAAUCAGAAUCGUCCCCGGUUUGGUCCUCGCGGUCCUGGUACCCGUCCUCCAUUCAACCCCAGAUUUGGUCCUGAUGGAGGUCAGCGAUUUCCCCGUCCGCCUGGUCAGCCAAGGUUUCAGCGACCUUGAGAAGAAGACACCUCAAAACAUCCCAUUACAUUUUACUUGUAGAAUAUUCAUCCAAAUGUUUUACAGUGCAGUCAUUUUAAUGUCGUGUAACACCCAAGGAAAUGAAUCGUACUGCUGUCAGACAUUUUGCAUAUGUACAAAUUCAUUGUUCCACGUUCAGAUGAAGCUUUUUGUGAUUAACUUGUUUUUACUUUGCUUAAUUCACGACGAUGUACAAAGACAUUUUUUAAUCUAUAGGAGCUGAUAUCUGAAGUUAUUUUUUUCAUAGCUUUAUAUGAAAUCUUGAUAAAACCAUUGAAAGCAUAAACAACAUGAACUGUUAAUUAAUGUUGCUUUAUAUUUGUUGAAUUGGUUAUCAUUAGAAUCAGUAUCACUGUUGUUUUGAUAGGAUUGAUGAUCUUCCUGUAGGGAUUUGCUAGCGAAAAUUAUAAAUGUGAAAAUGUAAGUGUUCAAAUAUUAAUGAAGGGAGGUAAUUGAGGAAGUAAGCAGGAGGGCCGUUUUCAUUCAAACUGCUGAUAACACUUGCAGCAGUUUCAUUAGGAAGGGACUGGGCAUAUGUUAUGUAGGACAUAGUGUUGAGAUUGGUCUUAGUACUGUAUCAUAUUUUGCUGAUAACCCAACUAAACAUGACCUAUUUAAUGCCCCCUCCCACCACCUACUCCAAACAUUUUUUCAUAGAAUUUCAAUAUAAUCGAUGACCGGUCCCCUGUCAUCUUUUCAUGCCCCCCAAAUAGUGGUUAAAUUUUGGCAAUCUAACCUCUCCUCCUCCUCCCUCUCCCCUCUCUUCUUCCCCCCCCCCCCCCCCCCCCCCCUAAUUAAUGACCAGUUAAUUGUCAUGCCAAGUACUGCAUAUUCAUGUACCGACUACUAGUAAGGUGACACUUAUACACUAUUACACUAUUCUGUUGUCCUGGGUGUGGAUCUUUGACUUUGCCAGCUCUGCGCUGUGUAUUUUUCUGAAUAUUUCUGCAAAGGAAUUCAGUCCGGUUUUGUCAUCCUAGUGAUUCAACCUGUGGUUUAUUUGUAAGUAUUAAAUGAAACAGUAUUAGUCAGUAAGGAGGCUAAUUUGCUCAAUAUGCUGCUAGUGUGAUCUCGUCAAUCCUUUCCAAAUUACGAUCAAGUGAUGCUCUGGGAUUGACUUGGGAAUUGGUGUGGAUUCCCUUUUUGUUCUGUAUGGUUGCCAGUGUGAUUGUUUUGUUUUGAGUCGGACAUGACAUGCUGUUUCCAUGGAUGGGUUUAGAAAUAAGGGUUUUGUUUGGCCUAAUAAUGGAAAUUAUGGAUUUCAUUGAAAUUUCAACAGAUCAACCCACAUUGCCACAUUAUAAGUGAUUUUGAUAUUUUUCCAGAAAAACAGCUGCAGCCACAGGUUGAUAUCUGUCUUUAUUUAUAUGAUGUCCAUUUGAAUGUGCCUAGAUAAUUGAGGGUUUGAUAGAGAGUUUGUAUUCAGUUUACUCCUAAUAUUUGUCUUCUUUCAGGAAUUGAUAGAUGGUUGAAUUUGAACAAAAAAAUAUUUACUUGAAACAAACCUGUGUAAACAUCUUUGUGACGGAACAUUGCCAAGCAUGUUUGUAUAUUUUGCAAAGGGAUUGAAUAUAUGAAUAUUUAUAUGUUCAAGGAUUGUGUUGGGUGCUAAAUGACUAAAGACUGUAUGCACUUGUCUAUCAGGUUAGGUUAGUUCGACUGAUGUUAGCUGUACACCUUCACUUUACACAUUAGUCCAAAUUCUGUUUGAUUGAACAAUAAAUACAUAUUGCAUAGUAUGUUUUAAUGUGAAUGCAUGUAUGAUCCAAGAUGUGACGUGAAAGGGGAGGGGUAGAUGACUCUAAACAAAGAUUAACAAGUGAUGUCUUAAUGAGUCAGUAUUAACAACCUCAUAGAAUACAUUCGGCCAAUGUUGAUUUAUCAUUAGAUAAAAAAUAUUCUAUACUAAAAUAUGCUGCCAUAUCUCAUUUAUGUUGGGGUGUGUUGUUUAUUUUACCCUUUUUGCGAUAAUUUUUGGGGUAAAUAAGAAAAUUAGCAAUCUUGAAAACAAAAUGCAUUGUUAUCUAAUGAUUAAUUUAUGCCAGCCUUAUUAUAAUUGUAAAUAUUCUGAAGAUUAUUUUCCUUCUGGUGUAGUCAUCUCAGAGAUAGUAUUUUCUGACUGAAAUGAAGUAUGCCGUACCGAAUGCUUGUCUGUGCCCCCAGAUGUAUCCAGGACCCACAUCAGUCUGACAUGGGAGGAGUCCACACAGCAUGUCCCUAUAAUUCAUCCGCUUCCUUGGGAUGGGGAGACCAGGUGCAGACAACAUUAUCCAUACAUACCGGUACCCAUUUGUAGCUCACACCAUCUCAAGUGGAUGAGAUUCAAUGCCACUGGUGCAAACACAACAUGAGACACCAUGUUAUAACGUACCGAGGUACGCCAUCGGAAGUCUGGAGACACCAGGAGCAAUGUCACAGGUGCAAACACAACAUGAGACACAAAGUUGUAACCUACACCAUCAGGAGACAAUGUCACAGGUGCAAACACAACAUGAGACACAAAGUUGUAACCUACGCCAUUAGGAGACAAUGUCACAGGUGCAAACACAACAGGAGACACAAAGUUGUAACCUACGCCAUAAGGAGACAAUGUCACAGGUGCAAACACAACAGGAGACACAAAGUUGUAACCUACACCAUCAGGAGACAAUGUCACAGGUGCAAACACAACAGGAGACACAAAGUUGUAACCUACGCCAUUAGGAGACAAUGUCACAGGUGCAAACACAACAGGAGACACAAAGUUGUAACCUACGCCAUAAGGAGACAAUGUCACAGGUGCAAACACAACAGGAGACACAAAGUUGUAACCUACACCAUCAGGAGACAAUGUCACAGGUGCAAACACAACAUGAGACACAAAGUUGUAACCUACGCCAUUAGGAGACAAUGUCACAGGUGCAAACACAACAGGAAACACAAAGUUGUAACCUACGCCAUUAGGAGACAAUGUCACAGGUGCAAACACAACAGGAGACACAAAGUUGUAACCUACGCCAUCAGGAACCUCAAGAUAUUGGGACACAAUGUCACAGGUGCAAACACAACAGGAGACACAAAGUUGUAACCUACGCUAUCAGGAGACAAUGUCACAGGUGCAAACACAACAGGAGACAUGUACAUCGAGUUGUGACCUACACGAUCUUAAUUCUCCAAGACAUCGGGGACACUACAACAGGUGCAAACAACUUGUAACUCGUCCAACACAUUUGAAGAAAUCAUAAGAAGUCCCAUUGCAGUGACAACAUGACAUAUAUGUAUUGUGCCGUAUGUAUCAAUUGAAAUUGUGACAAUUUUCACCCUGUUCACCUCAGCUAGGCAGUCUGCAUACCCCUCUACGUACUUAGCACUGAUAAGCCGGGGUUUGGGUGGUGGGGAGGACAUGGUAUUAAAAUGACAUAGGUUCCCUUAUUGGAUGUAGAUGUGGUUGAUAUUUAUGUAUUAAUAUUCUGUCCUAACAGAAAUAGGAAACAUGGAUAAGUAUUGUUUACUGACAAAUUAUACUACUCAAAAGAAGUUAAAGAACACCUUAUUCUUUAAUAUUAUGAUAGUUAAUCUGUCAUGGUGACAAAUUAACUAUUGUAAUAUGAAAGAAUCGAGUUUUCUUGAACUUGAACAGUGUAUACAGCAUGCCUGUUUGUAUCCAUAAGACUCGUAUGUAAAAUUGAUAAAUCUUUGACCACUAUGCAUAAGUACUUUUUAAGUAAUCUAAUCCUUAUUGUUCUGUUACUAACCAUGCAAUGAUAGUGUCCCGCUAUCUGGAGCCGAUAUUGAGAACCAAAGAAUCUACAUGUUGCUCUGUCUCGUUACUUGGCCACAUUGUACAGAGAGGUACCAGUCAUGUGUUGCUUGUUCAUACAGUUUUGCACAGGAGAUGAAAAUAAUUUUGGAUCUUGAUGUAAUAAACCAUGUAAAGUGAA